AUGGUAUCCCAAAUAUUGUGGUGGAGGCUGUGGCCAAGUCCAUUGCAUCAAGGUCGCCUUGACAACUCGGCCAUUUCUAUGCCGCCAAAAGAGGCUACGACCAAACUGGCGGACACACCCUUUCGACCAUUAAUUAGUCGCCCGGCCUACCUGGCUUCGUCCCUUUUCCACAACCACCGUAUCCACCUGACGUCUCUUGGCCGUACUUAA